AUGUCUACCAAGAGGAAAUUGUCUUUGUCUAUGCCUCAGCCUGCCAAGAAGGAAAGAAAGGCCAUCGAUCUGGACACGAAAAUGAAGAUAAUUAAGCAGUACGAAGGAGGAAAGAAAGUGAAUGUGAUUGCACGUGAUAUGAAGUUAUCACACUCGACUGUGUCGACGAUUUUGAAAGAUAAAGCAAGAAUUCGUGAAGCUGUGAAAGGUUCUGCACCCAUGCGAUCAACAGUUAUAACAAAGCAACGAAGCGGGCACAUCCACGAAAUGGAGCAAUUGCUAUAUAUUUGGAUGGAAGAGCAAAUUCAAAAACGGACACCAUUAAGUCUUUUUACUGUGCAGAUGAAGGCGAGAAGUCUAUUCCAGACUCUGAAGGAGCGUGCUGGAGAGGAUUACUACAGUCAAGAAUUUGUAGCAAGCACUGGCUGGUUCCAGAGAUUCAAGAAAAGAUUCCAAAUGCAUAGUGGAGAAGCAGCGAGUGCAGAUGAGGAAGGAACAUGUACGUUUGUUAAUAGUCUGGAUAAAUUAAUUACAGAUGAGGGAUAUCUAGCAGAACAGAUUUUCAAUGUUGAUGAAACUGGAUUAUUUUGGAAACGGAUGCCAGCACGCACUUAUAUUCACAAAGAGGCCAAAAGCAUGCCAGGAUUUAAAGCAUAUAAGGAUAGGCUAACUCUGCUGCUCGGCGGGAACGUCGCAGGGUUUAAGCUGAAGCCGUUCUUAAUUUAUCACUCAGAGAACCCGCGUGCGUUCAAAAACGUCAACAAGCACACACUGCCCGUCUACUUUCGUUCUCAACGUAAAGCAUGGAUGACACAAGAAUUGUUUGAAGACUGGUUUAUAAACUGUUUUAUUCCUCAAGUUCGAGAAUAUUGUUUGGAGAAAGAUAUUCCUUUCAAGAUUUUAAUGCUACUCGAUAAUGCGCCUGGACACCCACCACAUAUAGGCGAUCUCCAUCCAGAUGUAAAAUUUGUUUUUCUUCCGCCUAACAUGACUCCACUCAUCCAGCCUAUGGACCAAGGUUCGAUUGCUACAUUAAAGGCCAACUAUCUCCAAACCACCUUCGCUCAAGCAAUAUCCGCUAUAGAUGCUGACUCAGAACUAACAUUGCGAGAUUUUUGGAAACGCUACAACAUUUUGAUGAGUAUCAAAAACAUCGCUACCGCCUGGGAGGCUGUGACGACAAAGUGCAUGAAUGGCAUCUGGAAAAAUUGUGUUAAGCGCUAUGUUAACGAUUUUGACGGAUUUCACAGUGAACAUGAACUUGAAACGAUUCAGGAAAAAAUAGUCAAACUCGCUAAAGACCUUUCUUUGGAGUGUGAAAUGGAAGAUGUCAAAGAGUUGCUAGACAAAGAACCCGGAGAACUGACAAAUGAAGAGCUAAUCGAACUGGAAGAAGAAAGAGUGGUGGAAGAAGAAAGAAGAGAAGCAGAGAAAGAAGAGGAGGAGCCAGAAAGAAAGUUCACCACUAAGGGAUUAUCAGAAGGUUUAUCUUUACUGAAUAAACUUCUUAUACAUUUCAGUGCAAUGGACCCAAACAUCGAACGAUUUGCGAGAAUUGAACGGAUGGCGCAUGAUGUGUUUUGUCCGUAUCGUGAAAUUUAUGAAGAAAAAAAGAAACAUACAAUUCAGACAAAGCUCAACAUGUUUAUGAAAAAAACAACUCCGGUAACCCCAACUGCUGCCUCAGAGGACGACAUCAAGCCAAGCACCAGCGGCCAGUAA